AUGACUAAGGAUCGAUUGCCUGCUUUGCGGGCGGCUCAACAUGGUGAAGACAGCGAUCCAGAUGCUGCCUAUGUUGCCAUUAAUAUGGAAGAUAAUAGUCGAUUUAUGUCCGAUUUUUUUGCUCAUAUCGAUUCAUUACGUACAAAUAUUGAUAAAAUAAGUGAACUUGUUGAAGAAGUUAAACGUCUUCAUUCAACAAUAUUAGCUGCACCACAAGCUGAUGAUCGAACGAAAGAAGAACUUGAAGAAAAAAUGGCUGAUAUUAAAAAAAUAGCUAAUGAUGUUCGAUUAAAAUUAAAAAAAUUGGAACAAGAACAAGAACAAGAACAAUCACAACCAUUAACAAACAAAACUCAAGCACAAUUACGAAUUGAAAAAUCACAGUUAUUUGUUUUAACACAACAAUUUCGUGAUGUGAUGAAUAAUUAUAAUCAAGUUCAGUUGGGUUAUCGACAAAAAUGCAAAGAGAGAAUACAGCGACAGCUUGAGAUCACCGGACGAUCCGUGACUGAAGGAGAAGUUGAAGAAAUGCUUGAAUCUGGCAAUCCAGCCGUAUUUACACAAGGCAUUAUGGUUGAAACAGCACAAGCUAAACAAUCGCUUGCUGAUAUUGAAGCUCGACAUGGUGAUAUUAUGAAAUUAGAAAAAAGUAUAAGAGAAUUACAUGAUAUGUUUAUUGAUAUGGCUGCUCUUGUUCAGACACAAGGUGAAAUGAUUGAUCGAAUUGAAUAUAAUGUUGUGCAAUCAGAAAAUUUUGUCAAAGCUGCAAGUACAGAUACUAAAAAAGCUGUUAAAUUUCAAAGUGCAGCUCGACGGAAAAAAAUUCUACUUAUUCUAUGUUUAAUUAUAACGGUGGUUAUUAUCGUACUUAUACUUGUGAUUUAUUUUGUCGUAAACAAAAAGAAUUCCUCGUCCAAUCCUGAUCCAACAAGUACAGCAGCACCUAGUGGAACAGGAUAG